CGGAUGAAACAAAAAAAAAGGUUAAAUAAGAAGAUCUAGAUCUAGUCCAACAAACAAUGAUCGGAUUGAGGAGUAAAGUUUCGUUUGUUGAUGUUGCGUAUCGACAGUCUUUAUUAUUUUAUAAUUUAACGAAAACGCAAUGUAAACAAUGGAAGCAUUUCUCAGCAGUUUCUUCACCAAUUGCAGAUGUUGAGCUGUCGUACACAACUUACCCAGACCAUGAGCACACAGUUGAUGUAAAGAAAACCCCACUUAUAUUCCUUCAUGGUCUGUUUGGUGCUAAAGGAAAUUUGCACAGUGUUUCAAAGCAUCUUGCAAGUGAUGGCAGGAAGGUGAUUACAUAUGAUGCUCGUAACCAUGGUGACAGCCAGCACACACCUGAGUUGAACUAUGACUGUAUGGCGGAUGACUUGGAAGGUUUAAUCAAAGACUUAAAGCUAACGAAUGUCGCUGUAAUGGGCCACAGCAUGGGGGGAAAGACAGCAAUGACUUUGGCUCUAACUAAGCCUGAAACAAUGAACGCCCUGAUCGUGGUUGAUGUAGCCCCAGGCAAAAGUCCAGGAGUGGAGGAGCUACGCAAGUAUGGAGAGGCAAUGAAGAAUGUUAAAAUACCUCCUGGGACAUCAAUUGUCAACGCAAGAAAACUGGCAGGCGUCCAGCUAAGCCCAGUCAUUACUAAUCGUGCAGUUCUCCAGUUUCUCCUGACCAACUUGAGAGAGUUUGAGAAUGGAGAAAUCAAAUGGAGGAUGAACUUAGAUGCUUUCCUCAACAAUUACGAUUUCAUCCACAUGUUCCCUCAAGAAGAGGCUCAACCUUUCACAAAACCAACCCUGUUUAUUUUUGGUUCCAAAUCCCUACACUACAAAUCUGAAGGGGUUGAUAGGAUACCUAAGCUGUUCCCCAAUGCUGAUAUAACUUCCAUUAAAGAUGCCGGGCACUUUGUUCAUGCUGAAAAACCUAUUGAAUUUGUGAAUGUUGUUAGAACAUUUUUGGACUCUCUGGAUGAAAAACCUAGCUGAUAGCUAGUUGCACGAAUUUUUUUAAUAAAUGAAAAUGACAAAAUAACGACAUGGUCAUAUUAAAGGAACUAAUUGCUUCAAAAUGAUACCAAAAUUAUGUAUAGAUAUGACAGUUUUAGUGUAAAAAUUAUGGGGCCAAUUAAGCCUAUGGAGAAUAAAAACAAAAGUUUGUAAUGUUGAGAGUAUAGAAAAAAGAAAUAUGGGAAAUAAACUC